GGCCAGGCCGUGACUCCGCCCCCUGGCCCUUCCCGCGCGUCGAUUGGCAGCUGCGGGGAAGGGGGCGGGCUGCGGGCGAGCGCGCCGUGCCCGCAGAGGGAGAGCCGCGCGGCGUGCGGGCGUGCGAGCGGCCGGCCGGCUGCAUGGCGCGCUGCGAGCGGCUGCGCGGCGCGGCCCUGCGCGACGUGCUGGGCCGGACGCAGGGGGUCCUGUUCGACUGCGACGGGGUGCUGUGGAACGGCGAGCGCGCCGUGCCGGGCGCCCCGGAGCUGCUGGAGCGGCUCGCGCGGGCGGGCAAGGCGGCGCUGUUCGUGAGCAACAACAGCCGGCGCGCGCGGCCCGAGCUGGCUCUCCGCUUCGCGCGCCUCGGCUUCGGGGGCCUGCGCGCCGAGCAGCUCUUCAGCUCCGCGCUGUGCGCCGCGCGUUUGCUGCGCCAGCGCCUGCUCGGGCCGCCGGAAGUGCCGGGCGCCGUGUUCGUGCUGGGCGGCGAGGGGCUGCGCGCCGAGCUGCGCGCCGCGGGGCUGCGCCUGGCGGGGGACCCCGGCGAGGACUCGGGCGCGGCCCCGCGCGUGCGCGCCGUGCUCGUGGGCUACGACGAGCACUUCUCCUUCGCCAAGCUGAGCGAGGCGUGCGCGCACCUGCGCGACCCCGACUGCCUGCUCGUGGCCACCGACCGCGACCCGUGGCACCCGCUCAGCGAUGGCAGCCGGACCCCCGGCACUGGGAGCCUGGCUGCUGCAGUGGAGACAGCCUCGGGCCGCCAGGCCCUGGUGGUGGGCAAGCCCAGCCCUUACAUGUUCGAGUGUAUCACGGAGCACUUCAGCGUGGACCCCACCCGCACGCUCAUGGUGGGUGACCGCCUGGAGACCGACAUCCUCUUCGGCCACCGCUGUGGCAUGACCACCGUGCUCACGCUCACAGGCGUCUCCCGCCUGGAGGAGGCCCGGGCCUACCUGGCGUCUGGCCAGCACGACCUCGUGCCCCAUUACUAUGUGGAGAGCAUCGCGGACUUGAUGGAGGGGUUGGAGGACUGAGCCCACCUGACCAGCAACUGCAACCCUCCACCCCGAUCCCAUAGAUGGAGGCGAUGGGCCAAGAGCUGCCGGCCCCUGGGCCCCGUUUUCUGCAGCCUGGUGGGGUUGGGACCCAGGGAAGGUGUUAGGGCCCUCGCGUCCCCUCCCAGUGGUGGCUGGGCACUCUUUGCCGUUCCGGAGGCUGUCCCCCUGCCCCUACCAGUUCGCCCUGGCCUGACCCGGCCAGGUGGCCUUAUUUCCUGCCUCGUGAACUCCCCUCUUUGAAAUCUGGGCCUUGUGCCCACUGAAGAUUUCCCCUAACCCUGAGCACUUAAUCCCCAACUCCUUCCCUGGGGCCUCUAGAGCCCUUCCUCCCUCCAGUCCUGGCCUUGGGUUCCUGCUGACCAAUCAGAGGUCUAGGGAACCACCGGCCAUUAUCGUCCUGAUCCCUGAGUGGACCAAUCAGAAGGCAAAGUGACAAUGACCCUUCCAGGUCCUCACUCCUGGGUAGACCGAUCAGAACACCAGGUAAUAAUGACUCACUGGUCUCUUCGAUCCUAAAGAGAACAACCCAGAAGUCUGAGAGAGCGUGGCCUCUUGACAAUCUGGAUCUGACUGGACUAGCUAGGGGUCCAGAUUUCUGUCCACGCGUGUCAAGUGCUGAAGGCACCCACCCCUCCACAAACGUGUGAUCCGGGGAGGGCCCACCCAAUGGCUCUGGGGGCUUCAGUGGCCGAGAGCCCCACGUUUCCCUGAUCAUAGUACUGGUAUCAGUCCAGCGUUGAUGGUGGCCACGGUGGGGAGGGGGGGCUUUUGUGUCCCCGUGUUGUCAGUGUUUGCUGUGCCACUUUUCCCCCGUGCCCGCCCCCGGCUAUUUAUUUAUUUAUUUAUUAUGUAUUUAUUUUCGUGUGUCAGUGAUGGUGGGGGUGGGGGCUGGGCCUUCCCGCCACUUCCGCCUCUGUCGUAACCAGCCGUCCCGUACUUAAUAAAGUGCGAGCGGGA